GUGAUGGAAGGCGCAUUGCAAGAAAUCAACUUUGUCGCCGCUACCUUCAGUCAAGCCGAUUGUUUUCAACAGUGCAAGUGUUCGGUCUGAGACAGUUGGGCCACAAGGCGACACCGAACGGCACCAUGGCCACAGCUUUGCAACAGCAGUUGGCGCAAAUCGCUAAAAAGUCGACCGACCAACUCGAUCUCAAGGCGCAGCGGGCACAGCACAGCAAGUCACUGCUGUUCGACCCACGAGUCGCCGCCAACCAGACGUUCGAAACCAUCUAUCAGAUAUGCGCCGAGGCCUUCCAGGAACUAUGCAUGCUGGACGCCCGCUUUGCGCCCUUUGCCGCCAACCUGUUCAGCGAGCAGUCAAAGUCCGAGGAGCGCAUCAACCUGACCAAGAAGGAGAAUGAGGAUUUGGACCAGAUCAUCGAGAGCUUCUUGGGUCUUGUUGGCUCCAGACUACUGCUGCGACCGGGUCUCAAGGCGGUAGAGUGGCUCGUCCGUCGUUUCCGUGUGCACGAAUACAACACCGAAUCUCUCGUGUUGACCUUCCUGCCCUACCACGCGAACCCGCUCUUCCCGACCAUGCUGUCCAUCCUGCCCAAGACUCUGCCUCCGACUUUGAAGUUCUUGCAACCAUACAUCCCUAGCCUCUCGAGCCCGCCCAGUCAAGCUCUGAUCUACGCCGCUAUAAACAACCCUUCGUUCUUCACAGCCUUCAACACUUAUGUCAUCCGUGCCUCUAACCUGGCCCAUCAUUCUACCAUGCUCUUGCAAUUCUGGGCCGGCAUCAUGACUCCCACCAUCAACGGCAUGCUCGACGCCGCCAUGUCGGGUCGUGCUGAUGUCCGCAGCCAACGCCAGGAGGACCUGUUGUUGCGCGUCGUCCCCGUGCUUCAGCAGACACUGCGCAUCAAGAAUGUGCCUGAGCUCUACCUGGGCUCGUGCAUGAUCAUUUGCAUCCUUGUCUCCAAGACGCAGCUCGAUGACAGAGUGUUGGACAGCCUCAUGGACGCCGUUUCUCGUAGCUGGACCCCACAGACCCUAGAACAGGGCAUAGCUUCCCUAGCAAUCAUUGCCGAAGAACGUCAAUCCCUGAAACUGACGCGUUCCGUCACAAAAGCCCUUCUCAACCUCUCCGGCCUGCAAGAGCGUAUCUUGGACCUUCAGACACGACAACACACUGGAAGACUUCUCACUGGCCUUGCAGUUACUUCGCUCGAUGAAGCUCCGGCUGCUGUGGCCUUCGAUUUGAUCGAGAACGCCGUUACUUCGCACAUCCUCACUCUGCCGCAGAAAGCUGCCAUCGUUCGAGUCUUGUUCUCUGCAGUUUCCGAACUGCAAGUCUUGUCAGAGUCCGCCGCUUCUCAAGAGCAUCUUGCUCGCAUCUUCUCUGCCCUGUGUCAAUCGCCGUCUACCUUGCCACUGGUGCAAGCAGAAGCUGCUCGCCUUGACUUAAGCCUUGAGUCCAUUGAGGUUCAAUUACAGAUCGCCCUUGCCCCGAGCCAAACCUUGGCUCUUCCUUCGGCCGAUGCUGAUACCGAAAUGACGGAUGGCUUCGUUGCUACUCAGGCUGACCAGCUAGAACAGGCAUUCUCUGCCUUGCCCGAGACUUUGCCUAAGGAUUAUUCUUUCGUUGCAAACGCUGAUGUUUCUCCUUUCGAUGCCUUUGCCCGUACAUUCUUGAUCCUGCUCCAGCAGAACAAGGAUUUGGACCUUCUUCUCAGCAAGCCAGCCCUUAAUGGUGCAGCUGCAUUAUCUUCGCCAACAUACUUGUCGUUCUUGGCAAGACUCUGGACCGGAGUCUAUCCCAUUGUUGCACGUGUCUCUGCCCUUCGCUCCGCUACUGCAUUUCUCAACUCGCACUCCUCCGAAACUAUCGAUAUGCAGGCAUUGAUGCCCUUUGCCAUGGUCGCCCUGGCCGAUGCAUCAGAGGCUGUGCGCAAGGCAGCUGCUGACCUCCUCAUUAUUGUCGCCGCUCUAUAUCAUCCUGAUCCAUCAAAGUCAAAGGUGACCGAGUCCAUCAAGUUGUGGACCGCUCAAAGCAUCUACGGAGCAGCCUCCAAGAAGUCGUCUUUGACUGGGCCCAAUGCUUACAAGGUUCUGUCCGAUGCAAUUGUACCUAACCUGGAGGAGUGCGUUCUUGACCCCAGCCAGAUCGCGCGAGUACUUGUCAGCAGCCUCAAUGGUCCGACUCAAACUCAGCCUGGUCAUCCAUCUAGCACGUCUGUUGAAUUGAAGUCGGCCUUGAGAAUCUCUUUCGCUUCUUGGCUUUGCGAGCACGCUGCUUCGGUUUCCUUGAUCACCGUCAAGGCCCAGCUCCUGUCCUUCUUGAGUCCUGUUGGCAAGGCUGCUUCUUCUGGCAGAGUGCAGACACUCAUUCCCUCCCUCCAGGCUUGGGUUCAGUCUGACUUGCAGACUCGGUCCACUCUAUGCAUUUCUGCUCAUACAGAUGUAGCGAGCAUUGACAAGGCUUAUAUCGAUUGCUUGACCAGUCGAACUUCUGAGGAGCUGACUUGCCUGAGAACUCUUGCAAACGGAGAACUCGGUCAAAGUGCAAACCUGUCAACACUGGCGAUUCAGCGAUUCAGAGCUUUGUGGUCAUCCAUGAAGCCAAUCGCGCAGAGUUCUGCUUCCACCUUCCUUCUCGAUCUUGCACUCGACGACAAGCCUGACGACCUGUCUGAAGCCAGACAAUCGGAUGCUACCGACCUCCUUCGUCAGGUUCCCAUGUCCACUGAGGUCUUGUCAUCGAUGUUAGAAUCUGUUCCCAGCAUUGCUCAGAUGGAAGACAAGCCUCCGGCCACCAAGCGCAGGAGAACAAGCAGAUCCGAAUUGGCAAAGUCUCAAAGCAUCAAUGUCUCGGACUUGCACAGUGUUAUUCGUAGGCUGACUCUCGUGCUUGAGCUGAUCGAAGGAUCUCACCCUGAAAGACACCCAGAACUGCUCAAGAGUCUCUUCCACGUACUGAGCGAGCUUCAGCAUUACAGGACUCAACUCGGCUCGAAUCUGGUCUAUCUGCAGCAGUUGGUAAUUGGUUGCCUGUUUUCAAUCGUCGACUCGCUCAAGCAGAACCCCAAUCUUAAGGUCGACCGUUCCGUUUUGAGGGCAGACCUCAUCGUCGAGUGUGUUAGGACUAGUACUAAUGCUCAGAUCCACAACGCUGCUCUGCUCCUCAUCUCAAGUCUAGCAAGCUGGGCUCCUGACUUGGUGUUGCACAGUGUGAUGCCGAUUUUCACAUUCAUGAGUAACACUCUGCUCCGACAAAGCGACGACUACUCGGCUCAUGUGAUUGAUCAGACUGUCUCUCGAGUAGUUCCUCCUCUUGUCGCCUCCCUUCGCAAGAAGAAUCAGGACCUUGUAACAGGUGCCGCUGAGCUCUUGCUCAGCUUUACUGCUGCGUUUGAGCACAUUCCCCUCCACCGCCGUCUGCGUCUGUUCAGCCAUCUUGUUAAUGCUCUUGGUCCUCAGGACUUCUUACCUGCCAUCACCGCCAUGCUCUUCGACAAGUACCCAACGGACAAACGUGUUCCGACCUUCUCCGCAGAGCUUAUGGGUUCCUUCUCUCCUGAAGUUCAACUCAUUGCUGCAUCCCAAUAUAUUGAUUUAGUCACCAAUGCUCUUCAGCCCAAGUCUAACGUAUCCGAAGCAAUUUUUGGAUUCAACGAUAAGACGUCGGACCAGGUUGAGCAAUCUGUGGCACACCUUUUGCGUUCUCUUGGACUACUCCUACAGCAGCGUUCUCUCCAUGUUCAGAUUCUCAAGGCUCUCGACAAGGAUAGCAGCGCUCAUGGUGGUCUCCAAUCGGCCGCUGCUGACAUUCUCCAGAAGAUCAUGCAGUUCUCUUCUUCGAGCUUCAUUCAAGACAAGUCAGAGCUACAGUCUGCCUCGAACGAAGUAUUGACAGCAGCCCUGAGCCUUCUGCCGACACCUUAUUUCAUCCGCACGGCCGAGGAACUCUUGCAACGACCCGAACAAGGUCUUCGACUUAUGGUCCUGCGCUCACUUGAGCAGCGUGGUCGCGAAGCUAAGCUCGCAGAUACCUCGGCGGCGAGCGCAAUGCUCUCUGUCUUGCCAAGUGUGACAAGAGUCAUCAGCCAGAAGGGCCAUAUGGAGCUGGUGCACAGUGCUAUCUCAUGUAUCGAUGUUAUCUCAGAGAAGUUCGGCAAGAAGGACACCGACAGGAUCAUGUCUGCCGCUCGCGUGGUGGCCUCUGAGCACGCAUUUGGCAGCAACAAUGAUGAACUUCGCAUCAUCUCCCUGCUUUGCCUUGCCACUAUGGUCGAAGUCCUAAGGGACGACCUUGUGGACAUUCUGCCUCAGAUUCUCAGCACCUCGUAUGAUUACUUCGAGUAUGCCACCAAGGUUGAUUCCAGCAAUGCUCGCUUGCACAACGCCGUCUACUCGUUCUUGACAAACGUAAUUGAGUACAUUUCCUGGAUGUUCUCCGCCGAAACUCUGGACAAAGCUUUGUUGCUUACACAGCAAUCUGCCUGCAGCGGAGCCGAGGAGAUCAGAAAGUCAGACAGCCGUGUACAGUUCACUAGUCUGCUUUCUAAGCAACUCGAUGCCAGAACCAUUUUGACAGCAUUAGAGCGCACCUUCGACAACGCUGUCGUCCUUGGUUACCAGGCUUGCCAGGAGGUUCUUAUUACCGUCCACACAGUCAUCAAGACACACCCUAAAUCGGCAUUGAUCAAGAAUGCCUCGGUUUUGUUCGCAAUACUCAACAAGUCAUUUGAUCUUCGUCGUCUGCUCUCACAACAACCUGCAUCGCCUGACAGUGAGCAGCUUGCCGCAAUGGAAGCACAAAGGGACAGCUUGUCUUUGGACGCUAUCAUGAGAUUGAAUGAUACAGUCUUCAGACCUUUCUUCACUCGCCUCGUGUCUUGGGCAGGCGAGGGCUUGCCCAAGAAGGAUCAAUCUGGCCGUAUUCUUCGUCUUAUUAGUGUGUAUGGGUUCUUGGGCAAAUUCUUUGGAACACUAAAGUCUAUCGUGACAGGUUACUCCGGUUAUCUGCUUGAGCAGGCUGCUUCUAUUCUCCAGAGUGUAAAGCCGGUGGGAGAGAACGAGCAGCUUCUGUUGAAGGUUUUGCUCCAGACACUCGGUGCAAGUUUCAGCAACGAUCAAGACGACUUCUGGCAAGCUCCAGCGCAUUUCGAGGCCAUCAUGCAGCCUCUGUUGGAUCAAGUGACCUUCGCUAAUGAGCCUGAGGUCAGAGACUCGCUCGAUAUCAUAUCUGCCGUUACGGGGCUGGCAGGCGCCGCAGCAUCUCCGGAGCAUCACAAGACACUCAACUCGGCUAUCCUCAAGCUCAUGAGAGACGAUAACGAAUUGACCAGGUUGGCAGCCGUCAAGUGUGAACAAUCAUUGACCGAAAAGCUCGGUGAAGACUGGCUCGCUCUCCUGCCCGAGAUGCUACCAUUCAUCAGCGAGCUGCAAGAGGAUGACGACGAGGAUGUUGAAAGAGAAACGACUGCCUGGAUUCGCCAGAUCGAAGGCAUUCUUGGCGAGAGUCUAGAGGGAAUGUUACAGUAGAGGGUGAUAAGAGGGUGGUUAAAAGUCUCAAAAGGCAUGGCGAUGGCGUUUCAUUGUGACAGGAUCUAUAGGUGUUUUGUAUAUUUCAGCUCGCAUUCAAGAUUACGUUUUGAACUCUAUGCAAUCAGAAGGUGACGACCGGCAGGGUUACCCUUGUCCAUAUCCCGACGAAGAGACUAGUUUGGUAUUGUCACAAACGCAUCUGCCACUCCUCUAUUAGAGCUAGAGACACUUAUUUGGCGAUCUCUACACCGCCUUCCGGCCGAUGGCUUUCUUGAUGUCGCC